AUGAGUACUUCUACUAAGACCAUUACGCUUAAACCAGAUGGUUUCAUCGGCUCAGAUGGCAAAUAUAUCUUGGAUAAUGCCAUAGUUGUGGGUCUUCUCAAUUAUGUUUGGACUGGGGUGCUUCUUGCCACGAACAAAGACGAUUAUAUGGCUCGUACGGGUAUCACUUUAGACCACUACAGCACCCUCAGUAAAUACAUCGACCCCCUACUAGAUGUAUAUAAGCCGUGUCAAGCCCACUGCCAAGACUUCAAGGACAACGUUUACGGAAACAUUGUAGACCUGAGCCAUGCUGUGAAAGAUUAUGCUCACACGGCAGGCGGCACAGCAGGUGGGUCGUUCUAUGCCAACAUCAUCAAAUACGGAAACCUGUUAUAUGACGAGUUGCAAAAGCCUACGGCUCAACAAGACCAGGCAAAUGUUACCAAGUACCGAGAAACUGUAACCCAGCUCGUGGAUACGGAGAUCGACACCAUAACUAAGCUACAGGGUAAAGCUGCAAAGGCGAAACAGGAUUUGAUGACUUUUCAACAACAUUGCAGGGAGGACCAAACAGCUCUCAAUACUCAAAACACGUUGAUUACUACCGGGCUCACUGGGGACAAGGGGGAUCUGACGCAGACCCAGGAAAAGCUCAUAUCAGAUAAGGCUGAGCUAAGCGCUGAUCAAGAUGAAUAUAAAGAAGAUAUCAUCAUUGCCGCAACGGCGGUUACAUAUGUCUGGUGCUAUCCGAUUGGGACCAUUAUAGCUGGAGCUAUAAUGGGUGUAUAUGGAGCAAAAGCUGCGAAGAUGAAAACCACAAUCGACGCGGUCAAGGAACUUAUCGAGGACGAUAACGACAAAAUAGCAGCCGACAAAAAUUUGAUUGCAGAUUUAGGUCUUAUCAAGGACGAUUUAAAUUCCUUGAUCGCUAAGAUCGACGUCGCAGUCCAUGCCCUUGAUGGGUUCGUUUCCGUAUGGGGCAAUAUCGCUGGGGAUCUCCAGGCUGUGAAGGAGGGCACACAGGACAAUUCAGGGACCGGAAAUGACAUAACCCAGGGAAUCGAACAGCAGAGUAUCCUUGACUCAUGGAAUGAACUCCACGACAAGAUGGAUGUGUAUUGUAAUAUCGCGUAUAUUACUGCACCCGAGCAAGUAACCCUUGACUCAUACGCAAAGGCACUAGGCAGCGCUUGA